CUCAGCCCUGCUGUCACGUUGUGCUCACACAGGACGUGGUGUUUGAAGGCAUUUGCUGUUUCUGCUGUCAUUUUGUCACACUGUGGUUUGCUGAAUAGCUUCUUGAGAACCAGUUAAUGCAUGAUUAUGGGAGGGAAUUGGAAGACUAAAUUGCUGUUUGCUUUCUCUAAUCACCAGCUGUGCCCCUCUUUGUCCAGUAACACAUCUUUGUGCCUGCUCUGCCUCCCAGGCUGGUGGAAUAGAUUUUUUUUUUCUACCUCCACUGUAAUUUUACUGCCUGCCAGACUAUGACAAAGAGCAGAACAGUUGGUGCAAACACCAAAACAAAGCCAUGCAGAAUUGAAACAACGACCACGCAGCACCUCUGAUACCCUUGUAGGACAUGAAAGGUGUUUCACCUGCUCUCUGGAAGAUGUGCAUUGUCUUGCAAUUUAGAAAGUACUUUUCCCUUUUAGAAUUGGAGUUGUCUGUACUUGAAAAAUACCAAAUUAAGAGUGAAAGAUGAGGAAAUGGUAAAUAACUUGUUAAUCCAGCUGUAACCCAGUGAGUUAAACCUGCAUCAUUCCAGCAGCUUUCCUGCAGGGAGGAAUGGAGUGACUCACAGAACAUACUGGGGUCUUAUUUUGUGAAGAAUUAAGAAACAAAACCUAUUGAUUUAUACUUGGCAACUGUUAAGUAACAAGAGCAACAGUUGCUUUGUUUCAUUAUGCUCACUGCUGUGUCUGAAUGCAGGAAAAUAAUCUCCUGAGGCAGCUGGCUUUCAGGGUAAAGCUACUGAGUCUGCAAGCUUCAAAGCUGUUUUAUACCCUCUCGUGUAAAUGGAAGCUAAUAGUCUAUUGCUGCUUAAAAAAAGAGUUAAAUCUAGACGUGACCUAAGUGUUUAUUAUUAAUUAAUGGAGUAUUAUAAGAAACUUCCAUUAUGUUUGCAAGGACAUUCUGGCUUCAGAGUGAAUUAGUGACAUUCCUUUGUGGACCCAACUCUGAUCCGUAUUAACUGUUGUGCUUCAAAGAUGUCUUUGUUGGUAACUCCUGGGAAGAGUCAGCUUCUGGGUGGAUGGAGUGAAAACUUCAAGGCUCUUCUGUCAGUUAAGCCUCAGAUCAGCUGAUGUUCCUGAUGUGCUUUGAGACUCCUUUGGGCCAGUUACACUUGAGAUGGAAGAACAAGGCUGACCUGAACUGAGUUUUUUUCUAAACAUCAUGGGAGAGAUUAAAGUCUCUCCUGACUAUAACUGGUUCAGAAGCACAGUUCCUCUUAAAAAGAUAAUAGUGGAUGAUGAUGACAGCAAAGUCUGGUCACUCUAUGAUGCAGGACCUCGGAGCAUUCGGUGCCCACUCAUAUUUCUUCCUCCUGUCAGUGGAACUGCAGAUGUGUUUUUCCAGCAAAUUUUGGCACUGACUGGAUGGGGCUACAGAGUUAUUGCUUUGCAGUAUCCAGUUUAUUGGGAUCACCUGGAGUUCUGUGAUGGAUUCAGAAAACUGUUAGACCACCUUCAGCUGGAUAAAGUUCACCUUUUUGGAGCUUCUCUGGGAGGCUUUCUGGCUCAAAAAUUUGCUGAAUACACACACAAAUCUCCCAGAGUUCAAUCUCUGAUCCUGUGUAAUUCCUUUAGUGACACUUCUAUCUUCAAUCAGACAUGGACAGCAAACAGCUUUUGGCUGAUGCCUGCUUUUAUGCUGAAAAAAAUUGUCCUUGGGAAUUUUGCAUCUGGUCCUCUAGAUCCUGAAAUGGCCGAUGGGAUUGAUUUCAUGGUGGACAGGCUGGAGAGUCUAGGCCAGAGUGAACUUGCUUCAAGACUUACCCUCAACUGCCAGAACUCCUACGUGGAACCUCAUAAAAUUCGAGACAUCCCUGUAACUAUUAUGGAUGUGUUUGACCAAAGUGCACUUUCGACUGAAGCGAAAGAGGAAAUGUACAAGCUUUAUCCUAAUGCCAGAAGAGCUCACCUCAAAACAGGAGGCAACUUCCCCUACCUCUGCAGGAGUGCUGAAGUCAACCUAUAUAUUCAAAUCCAUUUGCUGCAGUUCCAUGGUACCCGGUACGCAGCCAUCGAUCCCUCCAUGGUCAGUGCAGAAGAGCUGGAAGUCCAAAAGAUCAGUCUUCACACCAGCACUGAGCAGGAAGAGCAGUAGGAUUUGGAGUGCCAGGGAAAAUGACAAAUGGGUUUGGUGGUCUUCCUGUGUACAAUCAACUGUUCCCACUCUGCCUUUUUUCCUUGUGUUAGCCGAUUAUCACUGUGUGAUUCCAACAGGAUCAGUAGUCAGUGAACUACCCACAGACAGGAAACUCCAGCAGGGCAAUGGGAUAGAUCUGUGUCAUUUUUAGUCUUUGAAUUCAAGGAAGUGGCUUUGAAGACUAGUUUUAAAAACAAAGACUUUUUUGCUACCAAAGUCCUCACUAUCACGUUCUUAAGCAGAACAGUAUUUCUUUUUAUAUUUUUCACUCAGCUGUGUAUAUUGCCACAUGCAGAUCGUGUACUUAGAAGCUGUCCUAUAUUUUUGUUGGAUAUUUGGUUUAAAACAUGUUUGAGUGCCAAUGUUGCCAUCACAUUAUUUGCUUCCUAUGUUGUGUUGUAAAUUAGUUUCUAUUUGAAAUAAAGCAUUUGAAUUUUUAA